ACGUUCUCUUCGCGAAGAUGGCGGCGUGUAGACGUGUGCAGCGACUGCUGCUGUUGAUAUUCAUCUCCGGCUGGAUGUCUAACGCUCUAGAAGGCAAAUCGGACACUGAAAACGCCGCGGAGAAUCCCGAAAGAGGCAGAAACGCGGCGGGAGAGGGGAAAGCGGCGGCGCUGGACGGGGCCUCCGCGGCGCGGCGCAGCGGCGGUUGGAAGCUCGCGGAGGAGGCGGCCUGUCGGGAGGACGUGAGCCGGAUCUGCCCCAAACACUCCUGGAACAACAACCUGGCCGUGCUCGAGUGCCUGCAGGACCGAAAAGACGAGACAGAGAUCGCUUCAGACUGCAAUCAUCUGCUGUGGAACUACAAGCUCAAUCUGACGACUGAUCCGAAGUUUGAGUCUGUCGCCGUUGAGGUGUGCAAGACCACCAUCAGUGGGAUUAAGGAGUGUGCCGCUGAGGAACGUGGGAAAGGUUACCUGGUGUCGUGUUUAGUAGAUCACCGCACCAACAUCUCCGAGUACCAGUGUAACCAGUACAUCACCAAGAUGACCAGCAUCGUCUUCAGCGAUUACCGGCUGAUCUGCGGCUUCAUGGACAAGUGCAAGGACGACAUCAACAAACUGCACUGUGGAAGCGUCAACACUGGAGAGAAGGACAUCCACUCGCAGGGCGAGGUGAUCGCGUGUCUGGAGAAAGGCCUGGUGUCUGAAGCCGAGGAGCAGCCGGGUCAGUACACCAUCAAAGAGGACUGUAAGAAGUCAAUCAUGCGCGUGGCAGAGCUCUCCUCCGACGACUUCCACCUCGACCGCCAUCUCUACUUCGCCUGUCGGGAAGACCGCGAGCACUUCUGCGAAAACACUCCAGCAGGAGAAGGAAAGGUCUACAAAUGUCUGUUCAACCACAAGUUUGAGGAGAGCAUGUCGGACAAGUGCAAGGACGCUCUUUCCACUCGUCAGAAGCUGAUCGCUCAGGACUACAAGGUCAGCUACUCGCUGGCUAAAGCCUGCAAACCGGACCUGCGUAAAUACCGCUGCAACAUGGACACGGCCAUGCCUCGAGCCAGAGAGGCCAAGCUCUCGUACCUGCUGCUGUGUCUGGAGGCAACCGUGCACCGAGGUCAAACCGUGAGCGGCGAGUGUCAGGGAGAGAUGCUGGACUACAGGCGCAUGCUGAUGGAAGAUUACUCGCUCAGUCCCGAGAUCGUGCUGCAUUGCAGAGGGGAGAUUGACACGCACUGCUCCGGCCUGCACCACAAGGGUCGAACCCUGCACUGCCUCAUGAGGGUGUCGCGGGACAAGGGCAUCUUGGAAGGCCACUGCCAGAAAGCUCUCCAGACACUGAUACAGGAAACAGACCCCGGGGCCGACUAUCGCAUUGAUCGUGCUCUGAACGAGGCCUGCGAGUCCGUCAUCCAGACCGCCUGCAAGCACAUCCGAAACGGAGACCCCAUGUAUAUUGUGUGCGUGUGUGUGUGUGUGUGUGUGUGUGUGUGUGUGUGUGACUGUGAACACAGAUUGCUGGAGCUGCAGUACUUCAUCUCCAGAGACUGGAAACUGGACCCUAUCCUGUACAAAAAGUGUCAGAACGAUGCGGCCCGCAUCUGUCACACUCACGGCUGGAACGAGACCAGCGAGUUCAUGCCUCCCGGAGCCGUUUUCUCCUGUCUGUACCGGCACACUUACCGCACCGAGAUGCAGGGACGACGGUUAUCUCGGGACUGUAAGACAGAGGUGCAGAGGAUCCUCCACCAGAGGGCUCUGGAUGUGAAACUGGAUCCGGAGCUGCAGCAGCGAUGCAUGACAGACCUCGGGAAGUGGUGCAGUGAGAAGACUGAAGCUGGACAGGAACUGGAGUGCUUACAGUAUCAUUUAGAUGAUCUGGUCUCUAACUGCAGGGAUGUGGUGGGAAACCUCACAGAAUUGGAGUCUGAGGACAUUCAGAUCGAGGCCCUGUUGAUUAGAGCCUGUGAGCCUGUGAUCCAGUCCUACUGUCACGAGGUGGCCGAUAAUCAGAUAGACACAGGGGACCUGAUGGAGUGCCUCGUUGCCAAUAAGAACCAGAAGGAAAUGAACGAGAAAUGCGCUGUUGGAGUCACACACUUCCAGCUGAUCCAGAUGAAGGACUUUCGCUUCUCGUACAAGUUCAAGAUGGCGUGCAAGGAGGACGUGCUCAAACUGUGCCCCAACAUCAAAAAGAAGGUGGAUGUGGUGAUCUGUCUGAGUACCACAGUAAGGAACGACACUUUACAGGAAGGCAGAGAGCAGCGAGUUUCAAUGAAGUGUCGUAAACAGCUCAGAGUGGAAGAGCUGGAGAUGUCUGAGGACAUUCGUCUGGAGCCGGAUCUGUACGAGAGCUGUCGGCAGGACAUCAAGCAGCACUGUCAGAACGUGGUGUUUGGAAACGCUCAGGUGAUCGAGUGUCUGAAGGAAAACAAGAAGCGGCUGACCCAGCACUGCCAUCAGAAAGUCUUCAAACUGCAGGAGACUGAAAUGAUGGACCCAGAACUCGACUUCCAGCUCAUGAGAGUCUGCAAGCAGAUGAUCAGGCGUUUCUGCAGUGACACAGAUGCAAAGAACCUCUUACAGUGUCUCAAACAAAACAAGAACAGCGAACUAAUGGAUCCGAAAUGCAAACAAAUGAUUACCAAGAGACAGAUCACCCAGAACACAGACUACCGUCUGAACCCUGUGCUGAGGAAGGCUUGCAAAGCCGACAUCCCAAAGUUCUGCCUGAACGUUCUGAACAAUGCCAAAGACGACAACGAGCUGGAGGGGCAGGUCAUCUCCUGCCUCAAACUCAAAUACGCAGACCAGCGUCUCUCUCCAGACUGCGAGGGCCAGAUCACUGUCAUUCUGCAGGAGUCCGCGCUGGACUACAGGCUCGACCCGCAGCUGCAGCUCCAGUGCAGUGAUGAGAUCCUGCGGCUCUGUGCGGAGGAAGUAGCGGCGCAGGAGCAGACGGGUCAAGUUGAGGAGUGUUUGAAAAUCAACCUGCUGAAGAUCAGCCAUGAAGGCUGUAAAAAGGAGGUUCUCAACAUACUGAAGGAGAGCAAGGCGGACAUCUUUGUGGAUCCAGUUCUGCACACAGCAUGCGCCCUGGACAUCAAGCAUCAGUGUGCUGCGAUCCCACCGGGGCGAGGAAGACAGAUGUCGUGUCUGAUGGAGGCUCUCCAAGAUAAGCGUGUGAGACUCCAGCCGGAGUGUAAGAAGAGAUUACAGGACCGCAUUGACAUGUGGAGUUACGCCGCUAAGGUGGCGCCAGCGGAAGGUUUCUCGGACCUGGCCGGGCAGGUUUUCACAUCUCCUGCCAAGUCCUACAUCCUGAGCAUGUUGGCGAUGUGCGUGGUCCUGCUCUUCCUCAUGGGUCUGCUGUGCGGCCGCAUCACCAAACGCGUGACGCAGGAGUUGAAGGACAGGUAA